UUCUGAGAAAGAACGAAAAUCCUUAUUGUUAAUUUUUAAGAUCUAUAAUUCAUAAUAGUAAUUUUUUUCAAAACCCAAAUUUCAAUGCACAUUUUUACGUUUGUGGUUUGUUUUUCUAUACUUUACCAAUUACGAAAGGAAGUUCAUUUUGAAAUAUUUGAUAGGAAAUGUUCGAAAUAACGUCACAUAACGUAUCCAGUUCUCCAAAAAAACACAAUUUAGGCGGUGUUUGCUAUUUGUAUCAAAGUGACACCGACACUCAAAGUCCCGAUACUUGUGAAGACCUCCAAAUAAAUUCUCGAAGUUCCGCCUCCGCGCGGGUUUUAUCCAAUAGAAACUUGUUGAGGGCGUGGUCAAGUUCUGUUUACCUCAAUUCUGAUGCGAAGUGGGACAGGGUGCAUGCUGCAGCUGUCACGCCGACGGAUAUAGAGACACUCUGAAACUCACAUGUGACACUGCAACACCGUCUUUUGGAAUACUUCAACAAGAGCUCCCAUGCUGAGGAAAGGCAGGAACAGCAGAGGCCAGCAUUUGGUCUGGAGUGAGACGCAGCAGGAGACGAGUGUCAAGACAGAAGUCAAGAUGUCCGACAGAGAAGAAUGGGAGCAGCAACUGGUGACGGAGAUCAGUGACUUGGAGUCGGAGGUGGAUUAUUUGUCAGGAUCGCAGACUGUUUCCGACGUAGUGGCUCUGCCCAGCUCUUCUCUGCUGCUGGGGGAGUCUCUGUGCUCUUAUCAACCACAGGAGGAGCUCGGUCUGGGGUUUGGCCUCACCAGUGAAGACCUCCGCGAAGACGAGGAUCACAUUUUGGACUGGGUGUGGGACGAGCACUGCAAGUCCUCUGGAGCCUUCCUCAGUAAGGACAGCAGAAAGGUGAGCUUUCACUCCGACUACAGCUGUGGGACCGCUGCCAUCCGUGGCCGGAAGGAGCUUUCGGAAGGCCAACACUACUGGGAAGUGAAGAUGACUUCUCCGGUCUAUGGAACAGACAUGAUGGUGGGAAUCGGAACUUCUGAGGUGAACCUUGAUAAGUUCAAGUACAGCUUUGGCAGCCUGCUGGGCCACGAUGAAGACAGCUGGGGUCUCUCCUACACAGGUCUGCUUCAACACAAAGGGGACAAAGUGAAAUUCUCCCCUCGGUUUGGUCAGGGGUCCGUCAUAGGAGUGCACUUGGACACAUGGCACGGCACUUUGAGCUUUUACCAAAACCGGCAGUUCAUAGGGGUUGCUGCUACCAACCUACAGAACAAGAAGUUCUACCCUAUGGUGUGCUCCACAGCAGCAAAGAGCAGCAUGAAGGUGAUCCGUGCCUGCUACACCCCCACCUCCCUGCAGUACCUCUGCUCUGCUCGCCUGCGCCAAACGUUGCCCUGCUGCCCCGACGUAGUCGGCGCUCUAGAACUGCCCCCCGGCCUGCGCACCUUCCUUCAAACACAACUUUUCUGGAUCUUCAGUGUCAACAGCCGCACCGGCCCCUCAGAGCAGGAGAGAUACUUGCCCGAAGAUGCCCAGGAGGAGAGCAGCCUCCCAACAAGCCCCGUCCCGAGCCGGACCUCCAGCCCUGCAUCCACACUGAGUGCCUGCUCCUCGCCCACCCCCCGCACCGAAGCAUUUUCCGAAAUGGACCUAUAUUUGUGCCCCUGUCACAUGUCACCGCAGACUGAGCGCAUUACCUGCCACUGCCCCCCGACACCGCCAAGCAGCGACUAUGACAGCUGCUGCUCAGAGCCAGAGGAUUAUCAGUGUAAAAGAUGUCGCUGGACAUGACCGGAUUCCUCAUCAACACUGUAAUAUUCUACCACUGCCAUCCUCAUCUCCUUCUGCUGUCUUUUAGUCCGUAUCACUACUUUUCUGCUUUUAAUUCCAAGCGAGAAAUGCACUUUUACACUGUUACGACUUUUAAAGGUGUCAUAAUGUGACAAUCCGUCUCAUUUCAUUUGCUUGGAUAGUCAAAUGUUCAUUUGUAUAUUGUUUUUUUUUUAAAUAUGCCAUUUACUGUCUUUGUGAGAGAGUUGAAGACUAGACUCUAAGGAUACAAAAACACUAAAUCUUAUGUAUUCUCAGACUCAGGAUUUUUUUGUACUGUUAACACACUUUUGAGUGUUUUAUAAUAUUUUUUUGCUUCAGUUAUGCUGUUACAUAUUUGCUACAAUGGUGUUUUUCUAUUUACGUUUAUUCUCUCCAUUAUAUGUAACAUUAAACACCAUAAAAUAA